AUGAGAAACUGUGAUGCUCCUGGUAGCAGCUCUGCAGCACGGACCUGUUCUUCUCCCAAAAUUCCAAGCUCUCUGCAGCCCAACGAACUGGAUAAGCACGACGAUCCGAAUAGAUCGAACGACCUGGACCUGCCCGAAGACCUCGACAAGAACGACAACUCGAAUGGGCCCGAUGAUCUAAACAGGCGCAACGACCCGAACAGGCUCGAUAACACGGACGGGCCGGAAAACCCGGACGACCCAGAUGGGCCUGACAACCAGGAUAAACCCGACAACACGGAUAAGCCCAACGACCUGGAUGGGCUCGACGACCCAGACGGGCCCGAAAACCCAUAUGGACCUGACAACCUGGACACGCCUGAUGACCCAGACAUGCCUGACAACACAGACAGGUCCGACGUUUCGGAUGGGUCCGAAUACCCGGACGGGCCCGACGACCUGAACAGGCCCUACGAUCUAAACGGGUCCAACGAAUCGGGCGGGUCUAACGACCCAAAAGGGCCCAUCGAUCCGAAUAAGCCCGACGAUAAGGACAAGCACGACGAUCAGAACAGGCCCAACGACCCGAACGGGCCCUACGACAUAGACGGGCCUGGCGACCCAGAUAGAGUAGACGACACGGACGGGCCCUACGACCUAGAUGGGCCCAACGACCGGGACGGGCCCAACGAUCCUAACGGGCCCGACGACCCUGACAUGCCCAACGAUGCGACAGGCCCAAUGACCCAAUCGCGCCCGAUGAUCCAGACAGGCCCAACUACACGAAUGGGCCCGACGAUCCGAAGGGGCCCGACGAUCCGAAGGCAAAACGAACUGGAUAAGCACGACGACCCGAAGAGAUCGAACGACCCGAACCUGCACAAAUACCUCGACAAGAACGACGACUCGAAUGGGCCCGAUGAUCCAAACAAGCCCAAUGACCUGAACGAGCCCGACGACUUGGACGACAUGGAAGGGCCAGACAACCCGAACGACCCAGAUGGUCCUGACAACCAAGAUAAACCCGACAACACGGACAAGCCUGACGACAUGGACGGGUCCAACAACCCAGACGGGCUCGAAUCCCAAAUGGGCUAG